CAAGUAGUCGGCGCACGGCUCGCUCGUACACGAACGAAAAAAAGCUCAGGAGACGACGACAGAUUGCGACGCAAAAUUGCAACAACUGCAAUUGCAUCAAAUCAACACACAACCACACUCGACUCGGAUAUUUCUAACUGUGCGUUUUAUUAAUUAAUUUUAAAGUGUGCGGAUUAUAAAGUGCGUUUAGAGUGAAUUUCUUUAAGUUUUCAAAAGUGUGCGGAGUGGAUGGCGUUGGGAUGCGCCUAGUGAGUCGCACGUCAGCAGCAACGAGGGUGCACGCGUGAUGAAGCGGUGGUCGAGGGGCGGCGCGUUAAUCGCGCUGCUGGUGGCGGCAUGGUGCGUUGCCGGCGCCGCCGGCUGUGGACCGGGACGCGGCGCUGGCCGCCGCCGCGGGCCGCGCAAACUCACGCCGCUCGUCUUCAAGCAGCACGUGCCGAACGUCUCCGAGAACACGCUCACCGCCAGCGGGCUCUCCGAGGGCCGCAUCGACCGGCAGGACAAGCGAUUCUCGCAAGACCUCGUCCCCAACUACAACGGGGAUAUCAUCUUCAAGGACGAGGAGGGCACCGGUGCCGAUCGCCUUAUGACACAGAGAUGCAAAGAGAAAUUAAACACUCUUGCAAUUUCUGUAAUGAAUCAAUGGCCUGGUGUUCGAUUGCGAGUCACAGAGGGCUGGGACGAAGAAGGACUACAUGCCUCGGACUCCCUGCACUAUGAAGGACGAGCGGUGGACAUCACCACGUCUGAUCGUGAUCGAUCAAAGUACGGCAUGCUGGCGAGGCUCGCCGUGGAGGCCGGCUUCGACUGGGUUUACUAUGAGAGUCGAGCGCAUAUUCACUGCUCAGUGAAAUCAGAAUCUUCCCAAGCAGCCAAAUACGGCGGUUGUUUCACCGAAGACAGCACAGUAUUAACCCCGCAGGGUAAAAAGACAAUGUCCGAGGUGCAAGUGGGUGACUACAUCCAAUCCGUGGACCCAAUCACCCUGGAGACCACCUUCAGCGAGGUGUUCCUCUUCCUCGACUACAACCCCAACGAACGCCGCACGUUCCUCCGACUCCAUCUACGCUCCGGCCGGGUGCUCACCGUCACACCCACCCAUCUCAUCAUGACACGCGAUGUGCGCGACUCUGGUGCAGUGCGGACAAUGUACGCGGAUCGCCUUAGCGUCGGCGACGUGCUCUUCACCAGCUCGCAAAACGCGUCCACACAACAACUCAUCGCCGACGAGUUGAUACGAAUAGAAGCAGUUCUACGCACCGGGGUGUACGCCCCGCUGACGAAAGCCGGCACCGUCGUCGUCGACGGCGUCGCCGCCUCCUGCUACGCGACCAUCGACAGCGCUCGACUAGCGCACGCCGUGUUCGCCCCAUUAAGACUUUUAACUAAUUUACGCGAAGGUGUCGUACGGCUGUAUCACAUAGUGCGCAGUCCGCUGCGAGGCUGGCAUGCGCCAACCAAGACGAAAGAAGACAUCACCAAAGUGCUUAGUAAUGACAUUGACAAUCAUAUUGUCGCAAAUACAAACCCAACACCAAUUGGCGUGCAUUGGUACGCACGCACCUUGUACAUCUUCGGCGAUGUGCUUAUACCAUCACACAUGCGGUCAUAGAACGGCUGUAUUUAAAUAAUUCCAAUGUGUACCCCCAGUGAUUUAAUAACCCUCGACGAUGGCGCUACCAUUGUUAUCUUCGGUACACGGUAGAGAUGAUUUUUAUGCGUCCAUUGAAUGAAAAUUAAAUCGUGACUCAAUAACGUCCAGCGGUGAGCAGCGUCUGGAACUUUCAAAUUCUCACGCGUGUUCACAUCGUGAGUGAAAACUUGUAGCAGCGCAGAUUAACCAGAAACGCGCGCAACCACACGGCCAGUGAUCGUUUAUCUAAAACAGUUAAAUAAUAAUAUUUAUAUAUCGUGUGUGCGAUUGGAAUCGUCGCACGUUUCAAAUGUACUAGAAUUUUGUAAUAUAAUAUAUUGAUCGUAUGUAACAUUAUUUAAUUUAUCAUUUUAAAGGUAUAAUAGUGAUUAAAUGCAUAAUAUUACAUAGCUAUUGUACUUACUAUUUAAAUUAUGAGUUUAUUAUUUAAGCGACACACACUGACACACACACACAUUGACUUUGUACAUUCCGUUUUUGUAUUUUAUUUUUGAUUUUGUACAUAGAUCCAACCAUAUUGUAACAUAUUUAUUUCUCUUUUCUCGUCUUCUUGUAUUAUUUUCUGUUUUUUAUUUUAUAAAUAUGAAUAAAUUACAAUUUAUUAAUGAUA